AUGGAUUCAUCACAGACGACAAGCAAGCCUGAAGCGCUUGAUGUGAUUAUUGUGGGCGCUGGUAUAUCAGGAAUCAGCUGCGCUUAUCGGUUACAGAGCCAGCUCCCCAAUGUUCGCUUCACUAUUCUCGAAGGUCGUAGCGAGAUUGGUGGUACUUGGUCUCAGUUCACAUACCCAGGAGUGCGUUCAGAUGCUAUUAUCAACACGUUGGCAUUUCCAUGGCACCUAUACCCGCAUCCAGAGCCAAUCGCAGAUGGCUCUCUAAUUCUGGAUUACAUCAAAGAUGCUGCGUCCAAGUCUCGUAUAGAAGAGCGAAUUCAAAUGCGUCAUAAAGUAUUAGCUGCGGAGUGGUCCUCAUCACAACAACAAUGGACUCUCACGGUUGACCACGACGAAAAGCAAAAAUUCUACACUACACCCUGGAUGAUUCUGGGAACUGGAUACUAUGACUACGAAACCCCGCUGAAGGCUGAGAUACCGGGUCUCGAAAACUUCAAAGGGAAGGUAAUACAUCCGCAAUUCUGGCCAAAGGACUACGACUAUGAGAACAAGAGAAUGGCAGUGGUUGGCAGCGGAGCCACUGCUGUCAGCUUACUGCCAUUACUCGCAGAGAAAACCAGCGAAUUAACUUUGAUUCAAAGGAGCCCAACCUACAUCAUCACGAAAGAAAACAAGUCAUGGACGCACAAGCAUUUGCCGCCGUCUCUGGCCUCGGCUUGUCAGCGUCUGUACCAUACGAUGCACCAACACAUUUAUGUUGCAUACUGCGAGAAUUUCCCUGAUUCAGCAAAAGAACGUCUCCGUAAGGAUACCGUGAAGAGGCUACCAAGGUGGCUCGAGCAGGACCCCCAUUUCAAGCCUCGAUAUAAUCCAUGGGAGCAACGGAUGUGUACGGACCCCGACGGUAUUUUCUACCAGGCCCUCCAUCGUCCUAACGUGAAGUUGAUUACCGGAAAUAUUACGAAUUUCACAGACACUGGAGUACAGACCCAGGAUCAUGAGACCGGCAAGAUAGACACUACUGAUAUAGAUGCUGUUGUGACUGCUACUGGUCUGAACAUGAAGCUAGGUGGGGGCAUCGAUAUACGCGUCGACGGAGAGACACUGUCAUGGGCCAAGAAGUAUAUCUGGAAUGGCGCGAUGAUCGAGGGUGUUCCAAACAUGAUGUUUGUGUUUGGCUAUGCUGAUAAUGCCUGGACUAUAGGAGCUGAUAUAACAGCUUUCCUUGUGGCCCGGCUAUUAAAAUACAUGAACCGCAAAGGACUGAAGACUGCAGUUCCUCAACUGUCGGCAAAGGAUGCUACUGCUGAGACCGAACGGAUCUUUCGACUGAACUCAACCUAUGCUAAUCUUGCGGCAGAGAGACUUCCCGUGUACGGAAAGACGGGAGUUUGGCGGCCUAGGACACGCCCGCCGCAGGACUACGUACGCGCUCGUUGGGGCAAAUUUAGGAGUGGUCUCCAUUUCUCUACUUGA